AUGCCGCUAAUGAAUAUGAGGGCUUCAAUUAUUAUGCAAUUUGGUAGGAAAAGGAAUAGGAUGAUGAGCAGCAGCACUAGCAAUAGGGAGCCAUGGCUGAUGCUACCAUCAUAUGGUGAUAGGAGUAGUACUAAGUUGUACAGCCUUGCGGAGAAGAAAGUGGUGAGCAUAAAGAAGGAGACGGCGGCGCCAGCGUGGGCACAAGGGCGGGUGAUACAUAUGGGAUGUACCCAUGGGUGGAUGGCUUCAUUCAAUAUGUUCAAUCGACAGACUUUCCUCUCCAAUCCCAUCACCGGUCGCCACAUAAAGCUUCCCGAUAUUCACACCUUCCUCAAAUCUCCGUACGAUCCCGCCAGUAUCAUCCUAACCUCCUCUCCCGAUGCCCACGACUGCCGUGCCAUCAUGACCUCUGACUGGAGCUACAAGCCCCUUGCGGUCUGCUUCCCGGCCCACACCACCACCAACUGGCUCCCCGUUGACCUUGCAGUCUGCGACCCCAAGCAAAUCGUCUACUCUACUCGCCAGAGUCUCCUCUUCUGCAUAACGUGGGGGGACGGGGACGAGGACAAGUAUGAGGGAGUGCUCGAGUGCUGGGACCUCGAAUCUCCCUCCUUUGUGUGGAAGGUUCCGUCAUUAAUUGAUGUGGACAAGGAUGACGACAGACAACCCUUGUAUCUGGUGAUGGACGAGCAUUCCGACCGGCUAUUUCUAGUGAUGCGUCAUGUCUUGGGACAUGUGCAGCGCGACGGAUCGCACCUGAAAUCCUUGUGCACUAAUCUCGGCUUCCCACAUAAAACCAUUAGUUUCGACGUGUAUGAAAUUGAUGCCAAGAAAGGGAAACUCAGCUACAUGGAGGGUUCAUUGGAUGGUUUGGCAAUGUUUGUUGGAGGCAACCACUCGUUCGCGCUGCCCGCCGCAGAAUUCAACUUGAACCCUGAUUCUAUUUAUUUCGUCGAAGACUACUCCCAACUAAAUUACACUAUGACCCAAGAUGGAGCCAUUACUCACAAUGACCAUGAUUUUGGCAUCUUUAAUUACUUGGAUAGAAAAAUAUCUUCCAUCUAUUAUCCCUCUCAACUCUCUUAUAUAUCCAGGAUUGCUCCAGCCUUUUGGUUCACUCCAACGCAUCACUAG